AGCCCCUCCCCCACAGUCAGUGUCUCAGGUGGAGCUUUGUCUGCAGCAGUUUCCAUCCAGCUGAACACACAAACACUGACGUCUGAGACAGACAGAGGCUUUUACUGCUGAACACACUGAAACUCUGUCACCUUCAUCUCAGUGUGGUUAGAUUCUCUUCAUCCUCUCAGUUCAGCUGCUCAGGCUGAAGUUACUGUACCAACAGCUCAGUUUCACAGCAGCUUCGUUCUUUUGUGGAUCUGAGCCUGGAGCUGUUUCAGUCCCUGGUGACAUCAUGGUAUUCCACCCAGAGUUUGAACGUGCAGGUCAGAGGGCGGGGCUUCAGGUGUGGCGGGUGGAAAACAUGGAGCUGGUUCCUGUACCUGAGAGUCUGUAUGGAGGGUUCUUCAGCGGAGAUGCUUACCUGGUUCUCCACAGCACGGAGACCAGCAGAGGAACCCUGCAGUACGACCUGCACUACUGGCAAGGUGCAGAGUGUUCUCAGGAUGAGAGUGGGGCCGCAGCCAUCUUUACAGUCCAGAUGGAUGACUUCUUACAGGGGGCCCCGAUCCAGUACCGCGAAGUCCAGGGCCAUGAGUCCAGUACAUUUGCUGGGUACUUCAAAACUGGGCUGAAAUACAUGAAAGGGGGUGUGGCCACGGGGUUCAAACAUGUGGUGACCAAUGACAUGGAGGUUCAGAGGCUGUUGCAGGUCAAAGGUCGACGUGUCGUUAGGGCGACGGAGGUUCCAGUCACCUGGGAGAGUUUCAACCAGGGUGACAGUUUCAUACUGGACCUGGGACAGGAAAUCAUCCAGUGGUCUGGUUCCCAUAGCAACCGCUUUGAAAAGCUGAAGGCCACGAUGGUGUCUAAAGGUAUCCGUGACGAUGAACGGUGUGGGCGGGCCAAGCUGCUGACCUGUGAUGAGGGGGCGGAACCAGACAGGAUGCUGGAGGUCCUUGGGGAGAAGCCGGAACUUCCUGAAGCUCACAAUGACGACACCAAGAUGGAUGCCUCCAACAGGAAGGUGGCUCAGCUCUACAAGGUGUCUAACGCGGGUGGGAACAUUGAGGUUACCAUGGUAGCCGACCAGAGCCCAUUUUCCCAGGAUGCUUUGCAGUCCAGCGAGUGUUUCAUUCUUGACAACGGAGCCAACGGACACGUUUUCGUCUGGAAAGGUAAGGAUGCAAACACUGAGGAGCGUCAUGCUGUCCUGAAGAGUGCAGAGCAGUUCAUCCACAAAAUGAACUACCCAGCACACACACAGGUCCAGGUCCUUCCUGAACAUGGGGAGACUCCACUCUUCAAACAGUACUUUAAGAAUUGGAGGGACCCUGAUGACACUGUUGGCAUGGGAACGGCCUACGUGACCAAUCAGAUUGCAAAGAUUAAGAAGGUGCCGUUUGACGUGUCGAAGCUCCAUCAAUCAGAGGCCAUGGCAGCGCAGCACGGUAUGGUGGACCGAGGAGAUGGAGACAAAGAGAUCUGGUGUAUUAAUGGAUCAGAUAAGGUUCCGGUGGAUCCAUCGGACUUUGGUCAGUUCUAUGGAGGAGACAGUUACAUCAUCCUGUACCGGUACCAGCACAGCAGCAAACAGGGUCACAUCAUCUACAUAUGGCAGGGGGCAGAGUCUAGCCAGGAUGAGGUUGGAGCGUCAGCCAUCUUGGCUGUCCAUAUGGAUGAAGAACUGGGAGGUGGUGCUGUGCAGGUGCGUGUGGUUCAGGGGAAAGAGCCUGCCCACCUCAUGAGCCUCUUCGGGGGCCAGCCAAUGGUGGUGUACAAGGGUGGGACUUCCAGAGCAGGCAGCCAUUCAGAGGUGGCUGAUACCCGUUUGUUCCAGGUUCGAGCCAAUCCAGCGGGAGACACCAGAGCGGUGGAGGUGGAUCCGUCCUCCUCCAGUCUGAACUCCAGUGAUGUCUUUCUUCUGGCCUCCCCCUCUGGAUCCUGGAUGUGGAAGGGGAGAAGGAGCAGCUCAGCUGAAGUCAAGGGAGCUGAACACCUGGCUGGUAUCCUGCAGGUGACCCCUGUCCCACUGGAGGAGGGGGAGGAGGAAGGUGCAUUCUGGGAUGUGCUGGGGGGGCAGGAGGACUACUGUCGCUCCCCCAGGCUGAAGAACAAGAUGGAGGCUCAUCCGCCUCGUCUGUUCGCCUGCUCCAACAAGACUGGAAACUUCCUGAUGGAGGAGGUUCCAGGUGAGCUGACGCAGGAUGACCUUGCUCCCGAUGAUGUCAUGAUCUUGGAUACCUGGGACCAGGUGAGUCUCUCCUGCUAUCACCAUGGUCCAGCUCCAGGUCCAGCUCCCAUGGUAUUCUUUUCUCCGCUCCUGCUAACAUCCCUUACCUGUGUAAUCCUGCAGGUGUUUGUUUGGAUUGGAAACGAGGCUCAUGAGGAGGAGAAGACGGAGGCCGUGGCGUCAGCUGUCCGGUACAUAGAAAGCGACCCAGCCGGCAGAGACCCUCGUACCCCAAUAGUGAUGGUGAAGCAGGGGUUUGAACCGCCGACCUUCACUGGGUGGUUUCUAGGCUGGAAUCAUGAGUAGCAGACCGCCGACCCACUGGAGCGGUUCACCAAAUACUGUGACAGAGUGACAUCACUUCCUGUUUAGAAAUUGUGAAGGAGCUGAGUUUCACUGCUUUGCUCUAAUAAAUAAAACCUGUGUGAAGCAGCCCUGAGUCUCCGUCGCUGAUGUGUUG